UGAAAGACUUCACAGACUUCUCACACAUAACACCUCUUUCUCUCUCUCUCUCUAUCUAUCUGUGCUUUUGGUCUCUGUUUUCCCUCUCUCCUUUUCUUUCUCUUACUCUCUUUCUUGAUUUAUGGACAAAGCAUGGGGUCUCACCCUUGAUUCUGAUCCUCCUAUCUCCUUCUUUUCUAACGCCACCAACAGGCCUCCUUCUGUACCAGUAGUCUUCGACUCUUUCCUCAAUAUUAAGAGAAACCUUGACAUUCCUGCUCAAUCUCUUCGGAUGUUUCCCUUCCCUGUCAACCUUUCCCGCCUGGAUGACCAGGCAAAACCAUCUCCCCCCGACGACCACCGUGUGCUUGUUGGUGAAAUCGACUUCUUUUCAGAUAAGAAGAAUAGAGCUGUUGCCGAUAAUUGCAUUCACGGCGAUGAUCAUGAUUCCAAAGCCGCAUGUGUCGCUGUCAAGAAGGAGAAUUCUCCAAGGUCAAGCCUUGAUGUAAAUACUGGUUUGCACCUUCUCACUGCUAAUACUGCAAGUGAUCAAUCCACGGUGGAUGAUGGGGUAUCAUCGGACGUCGAUGAUAAAUCCAGAAGUGAGUUAGCGCAAUUGCAAGUAGAGCUCCAAAGAAUGAAUGCAGAAAAUCAAAGGUUCAGAGACAUGCUUAGUCAAGUAACCAACAAUUACAAUGCUUUGCAGAUGCAUCUUGCAGCUUUGAUGCAACACCAGCAGCAGCAACAAAACCAUGGAACCGAAGCUAACCAAGAACAUGAGGUUGUUCAAGGAAAGCCCGACGAGAAGAAACUUGAGGUGAUGCAGAGAAAAUUUUUGGAUCUUGGCCCUUCAGCGGAGACCGAUGAAAUGUCUCAUUCAUCGUCUGAUGAGAGAACCCGUUCAGCCACCCCUCAGACUAAUAUGGAAACAGCAUCCGUAAUAAAUAAUGGGAACCAGCAGGAGAAUUCUAGUAUCAGGGAUGGCAAAAGAAUUGGCAGAGAAGACAGCCCUGAUUCAGAAUCACAAGGUUGGAAUCCUAGCAAAGUUCAAAAAUUGAGUUCACCCUCUAAUAAGGGUCUUGAUCAAUCUACUGAGGCCACCAUGAGAAAAGCCCGUGUCUCUGUUAGAGCUCGAUCAGAAGCUCCCAUGAUCACUGAUGGAUGCCAGUGGAGAAAAUAUGGACAAAAGAUGGCUAAAGGACACCCUUGUCCUAGAGCCUACUACAGGUGCACCAUGGCAGUUGGUUGUCCAGUUCGCAAACAAGUUCAACGUUGUGCAGAGGAUAGAACAAUCUUGAUAACAACUUAUGAAGGCAAUCAUAAUCAUCCUUUGCCUCCAGCUGCCAUGGCAAUGGCGUCCACAACAACAGCAGCUGCAAGCAUGCUACUUUCAGGAUCAAUGUCGAGUGCAGAUGGGCUAAUGAACCCAAAUUUACUAGCUAGAGCAAUCCUUCCAUGCUCAUCAAGUGUGGCAACAAUUUCAGCUUCUGCUCCAUUCCCAACUGUAACAUUAGAUCUCACCCACAACCCAAAUCCACUUCAACUCCAAAGACCUUCCAGCCAUUUCCAAGUCCCUUUUCCAGGUCAACCCCAGAAUUUUGCCUCCGUCACCGCCCCACAAUUGCCUCAGGUUUUUGGUCAAGCCCUUUAUAAUCAAUCAAAAUUCUCUGGCCUCCAGUUGUCUCAUGAAAUGGGGUCCUCCCAAUUACCCCACCAAGGUCAACCCCAACAAUUGCAUCCAGCACAGCGGCCCUCACUAGUUGACACAGUCAGUGCUGCGACCGCGGCCAUCACCGCGGAUCCUAACUUCACUGCAGCACUGGCAGCCGCCAUCUCCUCCAUUAUCGGUAGUGCUAACGGCAACACCACCACCACCAACAAUAAUAGCAAAUAGCAAUAAGCAACAGAAACUACAGAAGGGUUUCAAUUUUUAUCCUUUUUGCUGCAGUUCCUUGAUGUCGGUUCCUUAAUUUGUUUUUUGGGAUAAGAAAUUAAGAAUGAGAUGACAUGUUCAUAUAUAUAUAUAUACAUAUAUAUAUUUGUUGUUCUUGUUGGGGGGAAGGGGAUUAAUUAUUGACAAAAAGAAAAAGGGAUUAAUUAGAACACAGAAUUACAUUAUUUGUUAUUA